CGCCAAUUACGCGAGCCAGGUGAUACACGCCGCUCGCGGCCGGCGCGUACUCGCGGCUCAGUGUCGACUGUCGGCAGAGGACGUUAGCCCGCGGCCGCCGUGCGCAGCUCUCGGAUCACACGGAUCACUCGGACGGGCCAACCGUGGCAGGUGUCGGACAUCGGUGCCGUGAUGUCGAAACAGUGAAACACUAGUGCGAACUGUUACUUCCUUCCCGUUCGGAUAUCGGAUUGCAUCGGCGACCGGCUCCAGCAUGGGAGAAUCACUGUUAAAGGAGGAUCCCCUCUCCAGGAUCCAGAGGGAAAUCAUAGAAGUGACGGAGAGGGAGAGAGAGUUCAAGGAAGGACACUUCAGGAUGAGCAGACUCAUGUCAGAGUCCACGAUUGACGUUAACCACCAAAAUGGUCACGUGAACGGCGACGCAGAGCCCAAACCACAGAAGACGCUGAACAGAGCGGUGUCCACCUCCCAGCUGCUGGGCCCUAUCGCGCCCUCGCCGCCCACACCGCCAACACUUCUAAAUACAAAUGGGUACACGCGACGUUUCGCCCCCCAGACCGGAACCAAAGGCAUCAUGCAGCGGUUCAUUGCCAACAAAGGAAAGUUGCCGGCUUCUCCCGGGGGCGCCAUCACACCCACUGCCGUGGCUCCUCCGCUCGUGUUCCCCACGCCACCCAUCAUCGCGCCCGUGCUCAGUCCACCGGUGAUUGAACGCACCCCGGAAGGCAAACCGAUGCGCAAAGGUUACGUGCCCGUCGAAGAAAAGAUUCAGAAAGAACUGCAGGAGAUGAAAGAUAGAGAACAGGAGCUAAAGAGGAUGAGGAAGAAACAGAAACCUUUCGAUUUGGAGCUCACCGAUGAGGAGACUAACUCUGAGUCUGAAGAUGAGGAGAUCCCCCCGCCCGGCAAAUUAAAGCCGACCAAAUCGAUAGGCGAGUUAUACGAGGCGCUUAACGAGGAACUAAGGUCGCCAUCACCCCGGAAUAGCUCCGGACACGAGUCCAUCGGUAGCCUAAAGCCGGCCAAGUCCCUCGCCGAACUGUGCGAGCUCGCGCCCGGUGAACAAUUCCUCGCGCCCAGCUCUACCAGACUGAUCGCGCAGUGGGAGUCCAUCAUACAACAGAAGCAAGAGGCGGGCGCCGCUUAAUUUAGUUAGUUACGUGAAUAAUGCUAUGGUUCAAAGUGUAAGGCGGGUGACGCCGCGAGGGUCGCGUCGCAAACAUCAGCACAGUGCAAACGAGGCACGCAGUGUCACAGUCCGGGACGAGUUCCGCGCGAUAAUGGACUGGUGGAGUGCCCGCCCGGUGCCCGUUGCGCGGUGCCGCGGAAUUUCCCUGACGCGAUUUACCGUAAGUUAAAACCGGGAGCAAGGCAAAUAAAUCAAGUGUUGGAUGCGAGGCGUGAGGCGUGUGUCCGUCGAUUUCUUUCGUCGGCCGAUCGGUUGUGAGGCAAUUAAUUUUCUCCAGAGUGCGAACAAUGCAAAUGAUGUUUAUCCGUAAUGGCAAUUAAACGAGCGUGCGCGCGUUGGAAAGCGGGUGGCACCGCGGCGCGCCUCUCCCUACUGUGAGUAAAUAGUUUCUUCCUAUUGUUCAACCUUGUUGAAAAACAGCGCAGGGUUUUUGCGGCGCCGCUUUCCCGGUGCACCACCGCACCACCGCACCGCGCCGUAUUGUCGUAUUGUCGCGCAAUACACUUCAGCCUGUUUAAUUGUGAGAAAAUUGAUUGUAAGAAACCAGUUAAUAACACCUUGGAAUCAGGUCCCAGUAUUGUUCCGCGCCUUCACCGGCGGCCGCCGCUCCGGUUAGUUCUGACGCCCACAUCUGUUUCUAUACUGGCCGAGGGUUGCCUAGCGCACACUCUGGUUCAUUGUUUCUGUUACGUCAGUUCGAUCAAAUCACAUAUCAAUCUCCUCGUCCUUUUCUUAUUACUUUUGUUAAAAGUAGGAAAACAGACGGGUAACAAAACAACAUUACACGAGGGAAUAAUACAUUUAUUUGCGUAUUAGAAAUGUCACUUUAUUAAUUUGUACACGAUGUUUGCUAUGAUCCCUUUAUUAGAUGUAGCGUUAGCUGGCGAGCCGCGCACUCGUCUGAUAGUCGAAGCGGGACUUCGAAAUAUUUGCUUCUAUUUAUUGUACUUAACGGCCUCAAUCUUAGACUAUGGAAAGUGAAGUGCCUUAAACGUGUACUUCGCGGGUUCAAAUGUGAUUUGAACCAUAUUGUAAGACGACAGCAUAAUAGAUGUGUCAAAUAGUCUGUGCCUUAUAUAAGUAGAGUUAGUACAAGUUGCAGCUGACACCAAGCUUUAUGGCCGGCCUGAAGUUAGUCAUACGCGUAUUGUUUUCAAAUAGAACAUAGAGGAAAUAGAUGGAAGGGUGCGGAUGAACUCAGUGUUUCCAGGCCAUGAGGAUUGAUGCCAUCUUUAUUGAACUGUAGCUGAAACUAAUAUUAUUCACUAUUGUGUGGAGCUGUUAGAAAACGGAGGACGCAAUGUGGCCACAGAGUGCCUGACUUUACCACCCUCAAAAAUAAUUGUGGACCAUGCCGGAAUCCGAACGUUGUCCGUCACACAUGCUUAUCAUUACUGUAGACAACGUGACGUCAUCAGGUCCACAGGUAUUUUCGAGGCUGGUAUUCAGCUCCGUGGACUGUCCUGUCACUGUUGAAAAAUACUGCAACUAAUUGUUAUAUAUAUUAUUCCAAUAAUACUUUGAAUCAAAAGUACAAAUUGAUAAUAGAGAAUUUAUGAAUUUAAUAAUAAAAUUAUUUACAAAUGAAAAUUUAACAUAAGUAACAGGGUAUGAACAAAUAUAGACUUUAUACAGAAUAUAUUUUAUGGUAUAUAUCUAUGGGCAGCAUGUUGUUAAUUGUGUCGUUUCUAUAAAAGGAGUAUGUAAAGUGGAGCAGCAUUUUUCACCGCGACAGAUGUCCCGCGACCGCGCCCGCACGGCCGCCAGAGCUCUGUAACAUGGACAACUAUUUAUUAUCUAUACGUACGAACUGUUCCCUAGCAUAAUAAUAAAUUAGUCAAUUUGAUUUUAUAGUGAAUAGAUAUAGAAAUGAGAUUUAAUUGUUGCAAUAUAUUUUAAGUCUUUUUUUAAGUUUUUAUCUGUUACGCAGUGCCAGGAGUUCAAAUUCUAAAACAUCUUUUGAUGUCCUAGAGGUGAUAUAUACGAAACCAGUUCUAAAGAGAUUUCUUCUAUACUACAACAUUGUGAUAUGAAAUUGCCUUUUAAGAUAUAAGCAUUAAAAUUUAUGAAACCUUGACCUUUGAGGCUGAGGGCUGAUGAAGGUGAAGGUGUAUUGUACUGUUUGUUCAGCAUACUGUCUACUCGUUACAUAUACAUACAACGUGCAUAUUAGAUAUGUUAAUUUAUGUUUGAUUAAGGUUUUCGCAAUAAAUACAUUUUUGCCGA